AUAUUAAAACGUUAAUACCAAUAUAUUUGAAUCCUUUAUAUAAUAAUACCAUGAACAUAAAUAUGUUUGAAUAUUUAUAUAAUAAUACAAUACAAAUAAAUAAAUUUAGAUCAUUUAUAUAAUAAUACCAUGGAAAACAAAAAUUGAAUUAUGUAUAUAAUAAUACGUUAAUAUUAAUAUAUUUGAAUAUUUAUAUAAUAUCCAUCCAUUUUCUACCACUUGUCCCUUAAUAAUACCAUGAAUAUGAAUAUAUUUGAAUGAUUGAAAGUGGAAAAAAAUCUAAUGUACAUAUGGUUCAUCUCCCUCUCUGUCGCUCCCUCUCUUUUUCACUCUCUCCCUUACUCUCUCUCUUUCUCUCUCUCUCUCCCCCAUUCUUUCUGGCUUUUUCUCUCGCUCUCAGUUCUUUGUGUAAUUAUCUAUUUUUCUCUCAGUCUCUCUUUCACUCUCUGUUUCUCUCGCUCUCUUUUUCUCUCUCUCUCUCGCUCUCUCCCUCCUCCCAUCCUCUCCUCCCCCUCCUGCCAUCAUCCUUCCAGCACUGCGCACAUCAUCCACAGUGCUGCUUCUCCCCCGCCUGCUCCUCUUCUUUUACCACCGCCAACAUCUUUUCUUCUCGCUCUUUUCCUUCGCUUGUUUGCCGGCGACACAAGAAGACUCAGAAGACCCCCCUCCCUUCUUCUUCUUGCUAUGAUUAGCAUUUCCUCAUUUUUUUAGGGAUAUUUGGGGGAUUUUCUUCCACGAUGCCGCGCGGCGACUUUUCUCCACCGCGGCCGCCAACUUGUGAGGAUUGAGGAGGACUGAUUGUUCUUGGAUUUGGAGGCCAGGUGUGGAGGAGAGCGACGUUGGAGAUCCUGGUGGAGAAGAAGGAAUGGGCGAUGGGAUGCACCUCAGCUCGGCUAUGACGCGUCUGCACCUCUGCGUCUGGAUGGCGAGUCUCACCUGCCGCCUCAGCCUGCAGCAGGAGGCGACCGGCACUCCCCUGGAGGCGGAGCUUAACAACAACAUCACCGUGUUCACGCGCAUCCUGGACGGCCUGCUGGACGGCUACGACAACAGACUCCGCCCCGGACUAGGAGAAAAGGUGACCGAGAUCAAAACCGACAUUUUUGUCACCAGCUUCGGUCCCGUGUCCGACACAGAAAUGGAAUACACCAUCGACGUGUUCUUCCGCCAGAGCUGGAAGGACGAGCGUCUGUGCUUCAAAGGUCCCAUGAAGACGCUGCCGCUCAACAACCUUCUGGCCAGCAAGAUCUGGACGCCCGACACCUUCUUCCUCAACGGCAAGAAGUCCAUCGCCCACAACAUGACCACGCCCAACAAGCUGCUCAGGCUGCAGGACGACGGCACACUGCUCUACACCAUGCGACUGACCAUAUCGGCAGAGUGUCCCAUGCAGCUGGAGGACUUCCCCAUGGACGCACACGCCUGUCCGCUCAAAUUUGGAAGCUACGCGUACCCGGUGUCUGAGGUGGUCUACACCUGGACCAAAGGUGCGGCCAAGUCUGUGGUGGUGGCCGAGGAAGGUUCCAGACUCAACCAGUACCACCUGCUCGACCAGACAGCGGGUACUGAGGACAUCAGCACCAGCCGAGGUCAGUACACGGUGAUGAUGGCUCACUUCUACCUGAAGAGGAAGAUCGGCUACUUUGUGAUCCAGACCUACAUGCCGUGCUUCAUGACCGUCAUCCUGUCCCAGGUGUCCUUCUGGCUCAACAGGGAGUCUGUGCCAGCACGCACCGUCUUCGGUGUGACCACGGUGCUCACCAUGACGACGCUCAGCAUCAGCGCGCGCAACUCGCUGCCCAAAGUGGCGUACGCCACCGCCAUGGACUGGUUCAUCGCCGUGUGCUACGCCUUCGUCUUCUCCGCCCUCAUCGAGUUCGCCACCGUCAACUACUUCACCAAGAGGAGCUGGGCGUGGGACGGCAAGAAGGCCAUGGAGGCGCAGCAGCCCAAACGCAAAGAACCGCUGGCGUUGUCCAAGAAGGCCAACAAUGCGCGCGCGAUGGCGGUGAACUACUCGACCAACAUGGCCAAGGACUCGUCCAUCUCCACCAUCUCCAACAGCACGUCGGUCCAGAUGAAGACCUGCGAGUCCAAAGGCCCCGACCCCAAAAAGACGUACAACAGCGUGAGCAAGAUCGACAAGAUGGCCCGCAUCGUGUUCCCCGUGCUCUUUGGAACCUUCAACCUGGUCUACUGGGCCACGUACCUCAACAAGGAGCCUGUCAUCAAGGCAGCUGCUGCAAGUGAGACCAGCCAAACUCUUGUUAACUGAGCCUCCAUCUUCUUUCUUUGACCACAUACAAGUCACCUUCUAAUCCAUGUUUCACCUCCUAAACCAUGUUUCAUCUCCAUGUUUCAUCUCCUAAACCAUGUUUCAUAUCCUAAACCAUGUUUCAUCUCCUAAACCAUGUUUCAUCUCCAUGUUUCAUCUCCUAAACCAUGUUUCAUCUCCAUGUUUCAUUUCCUAAACCAUGUUUCAUCUCCAUGUUUCAUCUCCUAAACCAUGUUUCAUCUCCUAAACCAUGUUUCAUCUCCAUGUUUCACCUCCUAAACCAUGUUUCAUCUCCAUGUUUCAUUUCCUAAACCAUGUUUCAUCCCCAUGUGUCACCUCCUAAACCAUGUUUCAUCUCCAUGUUUCAUUUACUAGACCAUGUUUCAUCUCCAUGUUUCAUCUCCUAAACCAUGUUUCAUCUCCAUGUUUCAUUUCCUAAACCAUGUUUCAUCUCCACGUUUCAUCUCCAUGAUUCAUCUCCUAAACCGUGUUUCAUCUCCACGUCUCACCUCCUAAACCAUUUUUCAUCUCCAUGUAAUCUCCUAAUCCAUGUUUCAUCUCCACGUCUCACCUCCUAAACCAUGUUUCAUCUCCAUGUAAUCUCCUAAUCCAUGUUUCACCUCCUAAACCAUGUUUCAUCUCCAAGUUCCAUCUCCAUGUUUCAUCUCCUAAACCAUGUUUCACCUCCUAAACCAUGUUUCAUCUCCAUGUUUCAUCUCCAUGUUUCAUCUCCAUGUUUCAUGUCCAUGUUUCGUCUCAUAAACCAUGUUUCAUCUCCAUGUUUCAUCUCCAUGUUUCAUCUCCAUGUUUCAUUUACAUGUUUCAUCUCCAUGUUUCAUCUCCAUGUUUCACCUCCUAAACUAGGUUUCAUCUCCAUGUUCCACCUCCUAAACAAUGUUUCACCUCCUAAACCAUGUUUCAUCUCCAAGUUCAAUCUCCAUGUUUCACCUUCGAAACCAUGUUUCAUCUCCAGGUUUCAUCUCCAUGUUUCACCUCUUAAACCAUGUUUCAUCUCCAUUUUUCACCUCCUAAGCCAGGUUUCACCUCCAUGUUUCAUCUCCAUGUUUCGCCUCCUAAACCAUGUUUCACCUCCUAAACCAUGUUUCAUCUCCAAGUUCCAUCUCCAUGUUUCACCUCCUAAACCAUGUUUCACCUCCUAAACCAUGUUUCAUCUUCAUGUUUCAUCUCCAUGUUUCGUCUCCUGAACCAUGUUUCAUCUACAUGUUUCAUCUACAUGUUUCAUCUCCAUGUUUCACCUCCUAAACCAGGUUUCAUCUCCAUGUUUCACCUCCUAAACAAUGUUUCACCUCCUAAACCAUCUCCAAGUUCAAUCUCCAUGUUUCACCUUCGAAACCAUGUUUCAUCUCCAGGUUUCAUCUCCAUGUUUCACCUCUUAAACCAUGUUUCAUCUCCAUGUUUCACCUCCUAAGCCAGGUUUCAUCUACAUGUUUCACCUCCUAAACCAGGUUUCAUCUCCAUGUUUCACCUCCUAAACAAUGUUUCACCUCCUAAACCAUCUCCAAGUUCAAUCUCCAUGUUUCACCUUCGAAACCAUGUUUCAUCUCCAGGUUUCAUCUCCAUGUUUCACCUCCUAAGCCAGGUUUCAUCUACAUGUUUCACCUCCUAAACCAGGUUUCAUCUCCAUGUUUCACCUCCUAAACAAUGUUUCACCUCCUAAACCAUCUCCAAGUUCAAUCUCCAUGUUUCACCUUCGAAACCAUGUUUCAUCUCCAGGUUUCAUCUCCAUGUUUCACCUCUUAAACCAUGUUUCAUCUCCAUGUUUCACCUCCUAAGCCAGGUUUCAUCUACAUGUUUCAUCUCCA